AUGGAUCACAAAACCAAUGAAGAAAAGAAGCGGCAAGCUUUCAGGGCCGCUUGCAUAAGACUGAAAGCAUAUCUGGCUAAGAAGAGAUUGGCCAGAGAAGAACAGCUAUAUGAAGAGGUAUCGGCCAGCACAGCCGAUAUAAUUGAAGAAGGUUUCGAAAAGCUGGAUGCAAUCCAACUUGAAUAUUUGGAGUCAGCCCCUUCCAGGAUGGAAGAUAAUAAAGCAGAGGUGCAAGAUCCUUUAUUGGAAAUAAAUGUUGAGAUGCCUGGCCUGUCUAAAAAAUUGGUAGAACAUAGAUUACCGAUCAAGAAAGAUUUUCAGCCAUAUAAACAACCACCAAGAAGGAUGUCUUCAGAAGUAAUGCUCAAAAUUAAAGAAGAAAUUAAGAGACUUCUUAAGGCAGGAUUUAUUCGAACAGUUAGGUAUGUUGAAUGGCUGUCUAAUGUUGUUCCGGUAAUGAAGAAGAAUGGCAAACUUAGAGUUUGUGUGGAUUUUCGCAAUUUAAAUAAUGUUACUCCAAAAGAUGAAUAUCCAAUGCCUGUAGCCGAUCAACUUAUUGAUUCGGCCGCUAAGCAUGAAAUAUUGUCUUUUAUGGACGGCCAUUCAGGUUAUAAUCAAAUCUAUUUAGCCGAGGAAGAUAUUCAUAAAACGGCUUUUAGAUGUCCUGGGUCAAUUGAUGAUGUAGUUGUGAAAUCAUCGGCCAAGAGACAGCAUUUGGAACACUUGAAAAGGGCCUUUGAAAGGAUGAGGAUUCACAAAUUGAAAAUGAACCCAUUGAAGUGUGCAUUUGGAGUUUCAGCCGGGAAUUUCUUGGGGUUCUUGGUACACAAACGAGGUAUUGAAGUUGAUCAGAACAAGGUCAAAGCUAUUAUAAAUGCUAGGGCCCCAGCCAACAAAAAACAAGUGCAAAGGUUCCUCAGCCAGGUAGGUUUUCUUAGAAGAUUUAUUUCUAACCAUGCUGGCCGAGUGCAUGUCUUUUCGACUUUAGUGAAAUUAAAGUUACAUGAGAAAUUUCAUUGGGACGAAUCCCAUCAGAAGGCCUUUAACAAAAUAAAAGAGUAUUUGGCAAACCCCUCGGUUGUAAUGCCUCCAAGAAAGAAGUGGUCGUUAAAGUUUUAUUUAUCGGCCGCAGAAGAAUCAAUUGGUAGUAUGCUCGCACAAGACAAUGAACAUGGAAAGGAGCAGGUUGUCUACUACCUGAGUAGAGUACGAACUGAUGUAGAAUGCAAAUAUUCUUCAAUUGAGAAGCUUUAUUUAUCUUUGUACUAUUCGGCCAUGAAGUUGAGAGUAUACAUGCGGCCUGUUGAUGUUUACAUUCUUUGUCAGACUAACGUGAUCAAGUAUAUGCUAUCAAGGCCAUUGAUCACUGGCCGAAUAGGUAAAUGGGCUUUGGCUUUGAUGGAAUUCAAUUUUAUCUACGUCCCACAAAAAUCAGUACAAGGAAGGGUUCUGGCUGAUUUUUUGGCCGAUCAUCCUUCAACUAAUAUUGAUCCAUGGGUUUAUGAUGAAUUGGAGUCAUCAGCUAUAUUCUUAACUCCUUGGAUCUUGAUGUUUGAUGGAUCAAGCACGGCUGAUGGAGCAGGAGCAGGUAUUGUUAUUAUUUCGCCAGCUGGUAGAAAGGCUUCAUUCUCUUUCUUUUUAGAUUUUAAAUGUUCAAAUAAUCAGGCCGAAUAUGAAGCGCUUAUAAUCGGCCUGGAGAUUUUAAUUGAAAUGGCUUUCUGGCCGAGAGGGCAGAAUAAGGAGGCCAACAGCAUGGCCCAAGCAACCUCUGGAAUAAGAGUACCAGCCGGAAUAGAAGAUCAGUUGAUAAAGAUAAAACGAAGAUCUUUGCCAUCGGCCGAAUUGAGAAAUACUAUGUUGUUUGAUACUUGGACAAUUGAUGUAGAAGAUUUGGCCGACGAUGACUGGAGGAUACCAUUUAUAAUGUUUCUUCGAAAUCCAAUCAUCAAGGCUGAUAGAAGUAUUAAAAGAAAAGCGAUCAACUUUGUGCUUCUAGAUGGGGAUCUAUACAGAAAAGGGUUAGAAGAUGGGCUCCUACUACAAUGCAUAAGCAAGGAGGAAUCACUUCAGGUUAUGGCCGAGGUACAUGAGGGCAGCUAUGGGGCUCACCAAGUUGGGAUUAAAAUGAGAUGGCUGAUUCGCAGGUAUGGAUAUUAUUGGCCGAGGAUGAAGAAAGAUUGCAUAGAUUACUCAAAAGGUUGUCAAGCUUGUCAAAGACACGGGCCGAUUCAAAAUGUACCAGCAAAAGAAUUACAGCCAAUAAUCAAACUUUGGCCAUUCAGAGGUUGGGGCCUUGACCUUAUUGGUAAAAUUAAUCCACCAUCAAGCGAAGGCCUCACCACAGGUCCGAGCUCAGGAAAGUACACUUGA